AUGUGUUUGGUCUGUUGGCUUCGCGGUGAAUUCCACUGUUAUGGAUACGCAUAUGACGAGAAGAUCCAUGCGGCCGUGGUGAUUCCAAACAAAGGCUUGCAGCCGGCCACUAGUCUGGUUGGCUUUGAAGAUCCGUUGAACAACGUCGUCAUCGAUCCUCAUGUUCCGAGACAACGUGCUUUCGAGAUAGGCGAAAAUGUCCACAACUUAGAAUUGGGCACCAUUGAAAUUUAUCUUAGGAGCAUUGCCUUCAGCACUGAGUGGUGGUUGGCGCAGGACCAGUGUUUUGUCCGUGUUGAUUUUGAGACCAAAUGUGACGAAGAGGUCCAUGCUCCUUUGCGUGUUCUGUUCUGCGGUGGUGUUGUGGACACAGUCGUCUGCGAAGAGCAGGUCGUGGACUGUGGUCAUAAUACACGUGCCGGGGUCUGCCUACGCCGGGUGUUGCGAAGGUCCCCGUCACUUCCUUUCAUUCCGCCGAUAUCCGCCGUUUGUCCCACAGCAAGGUGA